AACAAAUCUCUCCCCUCACUCGCUCAUUCGCGAUCUGAAGGAGGGGGAAGCUGGUGGAGAUCUCGGCCCCCGGCGUCAUUUCGAUUUGCCGAGGCGCCGGCUUCAGAUCGUGUCUGUUCCAUCGGAGAGUCUAUGGUGUUUCUUUGCUAGUGGAAUCUGUUUCUGGCAUCUUGGUUGCUUAAUGAUGGCUUCGAAUUUGUAUGCUGGUUGUUGACUUGUCUUGGAACGACAAUAUCAGUCGUGGGUCAAAAGAAUGGCAAGUGACAAAGGAAAGAAUUCUGUCAAAGGUGAAGCUUCUUCUUCCAACGCUGCUCAUGAAGGGAUUGGCCAAGAGAUUCAGAAGCAAAGAUCCUUAAAUGGGAGAACCACCGGCCCAACACGGCGGUCAACCAAAGGACAGUGGACAGCUGAGGAGGAUGCCAUAUUGUACAAAGCUGUUGAACGUUUUAAAGGAAAAAAUUGGAAGAAGAUAGCUGAAUGUUUCCCAGAUCGGACUGAUGUUCAAUGCCUACAUAGAUGGCAAAAGGUUUUAAAUCCAGAGCUUGUGAAAGGGCCAUGGUCAAAAGAGGAAGAUGAAAUCAUAAUUGAAAUGGUAAAGAAGUUUGGACCAAAAAAAUGGUCAACUAUUGCACAAGCAUUACCUGGGCGCAUAGGAAAGCAAUGCAGGGAAAGGUGGCAUAAUCAUCUUAAUCCUUCCAUAAACAAGGAGCCCUGGACUCAAGAAGAGGAAAUAGCGCUUAUUCAUGCUCAUCAAAUUUAUGGAAAUAAGUGGGCAGAAUUGACAAAAUUUUUACCAGGCCGGACGGACAAUGCAAUAAAGAACCACUGGAACAGCUCUGUGAAGAAGAAAUUAAAUUCAUAUUUGGCAUCAGGACUACUUUCACAGUUUAAAGGCCUGCCUAAUGUGGAAAGUCCUACCCAAGUAGGUAAUAUGCAAAAAAACAAUGAUCAUGGUCUAAAGGACAGGCUAGAAGUUGAGGAUUCAUCAGAAUGCAGCCAAGCUUCAACAGCCAAUGUUGGUUGGUAUCAAUCUGAUGGAGAACUACCAAAUACAGUUUCAGUGGAUGAUGACAUUAAGCUGGAUGGUGAUAGUAAUAGAAAAGAGAUUCAGGAUUCUCAGUUGUCAAUGUGCACUAAUGAAUAUUAUGCUUCUAUGGAGGAAUUUGCACGUGCUGUUCCUGAAGUACAAUGUGAAGCUUCUACAUCUGCAAACUUGCUACCUGAGGAAAUGUCUGAAAAAGUAUCUGAUCGGAUGAUUUUGGAUGAGUUGCCUAAUGAUUCUUCAUUAGAAGUUUCCCAGAAGUCAUUUGAGCUAACAGAAGCGUCGGAGCAUUAUAGCUUAUGUACUAGAAAUAAUGAAAAUGCAUCUGUUUUGUGGUCAAAAUUUUUAGACCUGAAAGUCCCAACUUUUAUAUUAAACAAUGAUUCAAGAUAUGAGAAGCAGAACAAUCUUUUGGCAUGUGAAACUGAUUGCUGCAACAACAACCUUUAUGGGUUAGAUGUUCAUCAGGGAACUAUCCAAGAUUAUCCUAUUGAAUUUGAUACUUCAAACAUUGUAAGUUUGGAUUAUUUCUCUGGUAUAAACUGCCAAAACUCUUUUGGUUCUGAAGCUGGUGGAAGUCUUGGUUCAUGUUCAAACCCAAUAUAUCCUGUCAGUUCAUCAGCUGUUCCUGGAAUUUCCUAUUGUAACAAUUUGAUGGCUGUGGUACCUCCAUCUUAUCUCUGUCCAAGUGAUGAGAAGCUACAGAGAAAUUCUACUCAUGAAACCAGAGAAAUUUUUGUUGGAGCUCAUGAUUCGGAGGUCAUUACAUGUUCUUAUGAUGGCUUUGCUUAUUCCAGUUGCUCGUCUUUAUGUCCCAAUGAUAGCAGUAUACCUAAUGUCUGUCUUCUUGAGGAUAAGGGGCAGGAAAUUGGGACUCCAAAGCAUACACAUACAGAAAUGAUGGUUUCGGGUACUCCUGAUGCCAAUCACAACAUUACAUUAUCAGAUGGAAAUCCAACGCAGCCAGCAGAAUUGCAGGAUUCUGGAGCUCUAUUCUAUGAACCUCCACGUUUCCCAAGCUUAGAGAUUCCAUUUGUUAGCUGUGAUCUCAUACCUUCUGUAGAUCUUCAGCAGGCAUAUAGUCCCCUAGGGAUUCGUCAAUUGAUGAUGUCCUCUGUGAGUUGUUCUAAACCAUACAGUCUCUGGGAUUCACCUUCUCAUGAUGAGUCGCCUGAUGCUCUGUUAAAAAGUGCUGCCAAAAGUUUCAUGUGUACACCAUCCAUUAUGAAGAAACGACAACGUGAAUUGUCAUCACCUAUGGUGGAACAGAGAAUAGACAAGAAACCUGGUAUAGAGAUGCCCUGUGGGUCAUUACACUCAUCACCUUUAAGUAACACUGAGAAUUCUUCUAUGGUUAACUUGAAUGGUGCAGUUGUGUUGAAUGAAAUUUCAUCAGGUUAUGCUGAGGGAGGUUUUACUUCUUCGGACAACCAGCAGAAGGAACCUGUUCUUUUGGAUGAGGACAAAGAAAAUUUAUGUCAGUCUUCUGGUUGUGCAACAAAUGGAAAUAUUAAUAAGGAAGUAAAGUCCUCGACUGACUUAUCUGAUAAAAUGACAUCAUCUACAGUGACCAUUAGUGUAGCAGCCAAAUCUGAUGCCGGUUCUUCAAGACGGAGACAGGCAUCUCGGAUUCUAGUUGAACGCAAUGCUAAUGGCCAAGGACUUUUUUCUCCACAUGGCAAAGGACAUUCUAUGAAUGCAUCACCAGGCACUGGUGCUAAAUUAUUGAAAGUUCACUCUCAAAGGAGCUCAGAGAAAGCAUCGAACAAUGGCCAAAUAGAAAAUUCUGCUGAAUCUCUACCUGAUGUCCCUGCCUUCUUUUCUCCUAUUGCCAGUGAAAAUAAGAACUUACAUUCAGUGUCCACUAAAUCAGUAAAAUCUGCUUCAUUGAUCCAUCCUUCACCUUUUAUGUUUGAAAAAUGCAGUUCAACAAUUGAUGCGGACAUUGGACACUUGAACAUUUUUGAUGAUACCCCUGGCAUCAAAAGGGGAAUUGAAUCUCCUUCAGCAUGGAAAUCACCUUGGUUUAUGAACUCUCUCCUUCCAGGAAAUAGAAUCAGCACUGAUAUGUUUGAGGAUAUAGGAUAUUUCUUGAGCCCUGGUGAUCGAAGCUAUGAUGCCAUCGGGUUGAUGAAGCAGUUAAGCGAGCAUACUGCUGCUGUAGUUUCAGAGGCUCAAGAGAUACUGAGAAGUGGAAACCCUAUCAAGAUGCCACACGAACCAAAAUUUGACAAGAAGAAAUUCUCAGAAGAAAAUGUUGAACCUGACAAAGAGCUGGAUAAUCAGUGUGUACCAUCAAAAAUCAUGGCUGAGGCCCGAAUCCUUGAUUUUAGUGGAUGUGGCACACCUGUCAAGAGAUCAGAAAAUGUGAAAGCAGGCAGUACAGAGACAUCUGUAAGCUUUUCAAGUCCAUCUUCAUAUCUUAUGAAGGUUUGCCGAUAAAAGCUUUUGGGCAUCAAGCAAAAAAUAUCUGCCUUCUCUCUAUAUUAAUAUGUAAAUGCCCCCUUGCAGAGAUUGCUUUAUUAAUUUAUUUUAUCCCACCUUUCUUCUUUUUGGUGUCAUCAAUUUAACGGCCAGGCCAUUUUCAAUUACAAGACAGCACUGGGGCUUUAUUGAAGAAUGACAUUCGAUCUAUUAUAGAUAUAAUGCAAUAUCCUCUAUUGUGUCAUGUUUUUUAACUGAUCCAUAAAGCUUAUAUUUCUGGGUUGCAUAA